AUGUCCUCUCCGGCUGAGGAGUCCCCUGCUCAACGAGCAGCUCGUCUGCGUCGCGAGCGCCGCGAGGCCAAGAUCAAGGAAGGGGGAGCAGCUCGCCUCGAGAAGAUCACCAGCUUGAGCGGACGAGCCCCCGCCAGCCUUCGCGAAGAUACCUCUCCAUCUCCUAGCCCGCAACCCGAAUUCCAAUCACAACAUGCAGCACCACCAGCACCCCCGUUCCCUACUACCGCCCCAACUCCCGCACAACCACAAACCCACCCCGGAACGAUCCCUGACCAAGCUCACGCAGAACAACCCGACCUCGACCCGGAGACCCGACAAGCCCAACAAGAACUCUUCCGCGCCCUCCUCCGCCAGCCGGCACCCUCGCCGGGCCCGCAACAACCGCAGGGACCCGGUGGCGGCGCUGCGCCCAACCCCGCCGCUGAUCUCCUCGGGCUGGACGCCCAGGACCCGACCCUGAAGCUCCUCAAUUCCCUCAUGGCCUCCAGCGCCGGCGGCGGCAGCGGCAGCGGCAACCCGCUCGAGAACAUCAACCUGGCGGAUUUCGGCCUCGGCGGCGACGGCAAGGAGUCCGCCACGGAUCUGCUGACCAACUUCGGCGUGCCGCCGUUCCUGGCCGGGUUGAUCGGCGACGCGAUGCGCCCGAAGACCGAGGCCGAGAAGCGCGAGAUCGCGGUCUGGAAGGUCGUGCAUAUGGUCUUCGCCGUGCUCGCCGGCAUCUACCUGCUGUUCGUGCUGGGAUCGGCGGUGGGCGUGUACGGGCGGGCGCCGCCGGCACCGGCCACGGCGCAGGAUCCGUUCACGGUGUUCAUGACCGGGGAGGUGGUGUUGAGUGGGGCGCGGGCGCUGCUGCGGUCGAGGGACAAGGGGUUCGGACUCGGGAUGGCGGUGCAGUUGGUUCGGGAUGUCAUUCGGGAUGGGAGCUUGGUGGUGUUUCUGUUUGGGAUGGCUUCGUGGUGGCUUGGGGAGAGAUUGGUCUGAACGGACUAUCUAUAGCGUUCUUUUUCUGUUGUUUUUACGAAGAUUCUUAGAUGAGACGUCGAGGAUGGUGGUAUAUUGUCAAUAUUCAUUCAUUCAUGAAC